GCAGAGUCACGUGGCACGGCCGGCGCACCUUGAUAACGUAAUGCCCGGCCCCCUCGGCGCCGCUCCCGCCCCGCCCCGCCGCCACCGCCGCGCCGAGUCCUUUUGUCCAAGAUGGCGGCGCCGGGGGCGCUGCCUCCUCGGCCGCCGCCUCCGCCGCCGCCGCUGUGAGAGACCUACGGGCCGCCCGCCCGCCGCGCCAGCGCCAUGAAGCGGCAGAGCGAGCGAGACUCUAGCCCGAGCGGGCGCGGCUCGUCAUCGUCGGCCAAGCGUCCGCGGGAGCGCGAACGGGAGGCGGAGGCGGGCGGGCGGCGGGCGGCGCACAAGGCCUCUGGAGGCGCCAAGCACCCGGUUCCAGCGCGGGCCCGCGACAAACCCCGCGGGGGCGGGCAUCGCGACGGCCGCGGCACCGGGGACGCGAAUCACCGCGCGAGUAGCGGGCGCUCCUCGGGCUCCGGCGCUUGCGGCGGGGGACGCGGCGGCAAGGCCUCGGGGGACCCGGGCGCCUCCGGCUUGUCGCCCCGCGCGUCUCCUCUGCCGCCGCCUCCGCCACCGCCUGGGGCCGAGCCCGCGGGUCCCGGCUCAUCCGCGGCCGCCCCUGAGUACAAGACUUUGCUCAUCAGCAGCCUGAGCCCCGCGCUGCCCGCCGAGCACCUCGAGGACCGGCUCUUCCACCAGUUCAAGCGCUUCGGCGAGAUCAGCCUCCGCCUGUCGCACACGCCUGAGCUGGGCCGUGUGGCCUACGUGAACUUCCGGCACCCACAGGACGCGCGCGAGGCCCGCCAGCACGCCCUGGCCCGGCAGCUGCUGCUCUACGACCGCCCGCUCAAGGUAGAGCCCGUGUACCUGCGCGGCGGCGGCGGCGGCGGGAGCAGUCGACGAAGUAGCAGCAGCAGCGCCGCCGCUUCCACGCCUCCCCCAGGGCCGCCCGCGCCCGCCGACCCGCUCGGCUACCUCCCGCUACACGGAGGCUACCAGUACAAGCAGCGUUCCCUGUCCCCCGUCGCUGCCCCGCCCCUGCGGGAGCCCCGUGCCCGCCACGCCGCCGCAGCCUUCGCCCUGGAUGCCGCCGCUGCCGCCGCGGUGGGACUGUCCCGGGAGCGGGCCCUAGACUACUAUGGGCUGUACGACGACCGUGGGCGCCCCUAUGGCUACCCAGCUGUGUGCGAGGAGGACCUGAUGCCUGAGGACGACCAGCGGGCCACGCGCAACCUCUUCAUUGGGAACCUGGACCACAGCGUAUCUGAGGUGGAGCUGCGAAGGGCCUUCGAGAAAUAUGGCAUCAUCGAGGAGGUGGUCAUCAAGAGGCCUGCCCGUGGCCAGGGCGGUGCCUAUGCCUUCCUCAAGUUCCAGAACCUGGACAUGGCCCAUAGGGCUAAGGUGGCCAUGUCGGGCCGAGUGAUUGGUCGCAACCCCAUUAAGAUAGGCUAUGGCAAGGCCAACCCCACCACUCGUCUCUGGGUGGGUGGCCUGGGACCUAACACGUCACUGGCGGCUCUGGCCCGAGAGUUUGACCGCUUUGGGAGCAUUCGGACCAUUGAUCACGUCAAAGGAGAUAGCUUUGCCUAUAUUCAGUACGAGAGCUUGGACGCAGCCCAGGCCGCCUGUGCUAAAAUGAGGGGUUUUCCCUUGGGUGGACCAGACCGCAGGCUCCGCGUGGAUUUUGCCAAAGCAGAGGAGACUCGGUACCCCCAGCAGUACCAGCCCUCGCCACUCCCUGUGCAUUAUGAGCUGCUCACAGAUGGAUACACCCGGCACCGCAACCUGGACGCCGACCUGGUGCGGGACAGGACGCCCCCACACCUUCUGUACUCAGACCGAGACCGGACUUUUUUGGAAGGGGACUGGACCAGCCCCAGUAAAAGCUCCGACCGCCGAAACAGCCUUGAGGGCUACAGUCGCUCAGUGCGCAGCCGGAGUGGUGAGCGUUGGGGGGGAGAUGGAGACCGUGGUUUGCCCAAGCCCUGGGAAGAGAGGCGGAAACGGAGAAGCCUUUCCAGUGACCGUGGGAGGACAACCCACUCCCCAUAUGAGGAACGGAGUAGGACCAAGGGCAGUGGGCAGCAGUCAGAGCGGGGCUCCGACCGCACCCCUGAGCGCAGCCGCAAGGAGAACCACUCCAGUGAAGGGACCAAGGAGUCCAGCAGCAACUCCCUCAGCAACAGCAGACAUGGGGCUGAGGAACGGGGCCACCACCACCACCACCACGAGGCUGCAGACUCUUCCCACGGGAAGAAGGCAAGAGACAGCGAGCGCAAUCACCGGACCACGGAGGCUGAGCCCAAGUCUCUCGAAGAGCCAAAACAUGAGACCAAAAAGCUGAAGAAUCUUUCAGAGUACGCUCAGACACUACAGCUGGGUUGGAAUGGGCUUCUCGUGUUGAAAAACAGCUGCUUCCCCACGUCUAUGCAUAUCCUAGAAGGGGACCAGGGGGUGAUCAGCAGUCUCCUCAAAGACCACACUUCUGGGAGCAAGCUGACCCAGCUGAAGAUCGCCCAGCGCCUUCGACUGGACCAGCCCAAGCUUGACGAGGUCACACGACGCAUCAAGCAGGGGAGCCCCAACGGCUAUGCGGUCCUCUUAGCCACCCAGGCAACCCCCAGUGGGCUUGGCACUGAGGGGAUGCCGACAGUGGAGCCUGGUCUGCAGAGGCGGCUUCUCAGGAACCUGGUCUCCUACUUGAAACAGAAGCAGGCCGCAGGGGUGAUCAGCUUGCCAGUGGGGGGGUCCAAGGGCAGAGACGGCACAGGCAUGCUCUACGCCUUCCCGCCCUGCGACUUUUCCCAGCAGUACCUCCAGUCAGCACUAAGGACAUUGGGCAAGCUAGAAGAAGAACACAUGGUGAUAGUCAUCGUCAGAGACACUGCCUAGCCCAAGCGUGUCUUUCCCAGCGUCAUGUUUGUGUCACAAAAGCAGUUAUUUUAAAAUCUGAUCCCCUCUCUACCCUACCACUUUGGUUUGAAUUAUCUCCUGGGUUAUUUUGGUUCAUUUGGGUGGGGAUCAAAGUCCUGUCCACCACCAAAACUAAGUUCUUAGAUUUUGGGGGAUUUUUUUUUUUUUAAACGAUGAGAAGGGAAUCCGGUUAUGUUGAUUUCUAGUGUACAAGAUACUGUCUGCUGUGGUUCUGUAUUUUUUUAUUUUUUGACCAACUGUAUGGAAAGUUGUCAGUAAAACCUUUGACAGAGGAUGGAUUUUUAAA